CUCUCUUUCUUACCCUAUUGCAGCACAACAUUUCAGAAAAUAUUCUCUCGCUCUUUCCUCUCUCUCUGUUGUUCUUUUCUCGUCUCUGUGAUUUCAGGGUGCGUUCUCUAAGCCGACUUUUAACUAAGCUCACUGUGGCCUUUUUCUUUGGUUGAGGGUCAGCUCUCAUGCCUGGACUCUGGCAGCCAGGUUGGCGUUAGCAUCCACUGGCAGACCAAAUUGGAUUGGAUCAUCGGCUACACCCAGGACCGGAAUCUCGCUAUAUUUCCUUGCUGGAUCUGUAUUCUCGCUCGGCUGGACUGUAAGCAGCUGUCGUGUAUGACUGGUGUGGGGAAACACUGGAGCCGGGGCCCAGGCUCCUAUGCGGGUGUUUAAAAGCAGCGGCUGCCGGUCGGCCGCUCGCAUCCGCAUAGAGAUGAACCACUGCAUUCCCUUCCCGAUGUGUCUGGCUGGAGAAUAUGACCGACACCUAGCGUACAGUAAAGGCAUGGCGACGGCGUACCUGGAGCCCGGCCUUAGCCACGGUGUGGGCGGGGGGGUCAAGUCUCGGCUCAGCGGGGGAACAGAGCGUUCCGCCCCUGCCCCUGACCGUGUCCUCAAGGUCAUCCACCACUUUGAGAGCAAGAGCGAGCACAGCGAAAACAGCCCAUGUUGCAGCAACAUCCGCCAUGGAGACGCCACCGAUGUCCGGGGGAUCAUACAGAAGAUCGUGGACAUCCACAAGGUGAAAUGUGUGGCAUGUUUCGGCCUCCGCCUCAGCCACGUCCAAUCAGGCGAGGUCCACUGGCUCCACCCCGACAUGGGCGUGUCCCACGUGAGAGAGAAAUACGAGCAGAACCGAUCACAGGACGAGUGGAGGUAUGAGCUGCGGAUCCGCUACCUGCCAAAGGGCUUCCUGAAUCAGUUUACUGAAGACAAACCGACGCUGAAUUUCUUCUACCAGCAGGUGAAGAACGAUUACAUGUUGGAAAUAGCCGAUCAGGUCGACCAGGAUAUCGCACUCAAACUGGGGUGCCUUGAGAUCAGGAGAUUUUACAGAGAAAUGAGAGGAAAUGCUUUGGACAAGAAAUCCAACUACGAGCUGUUAGAAAAAGAUGUCGGUCUCAGGCGGUUCUUCCCCAAGAGUCUGCUGGAUUCAGUCAAGGCUAAAACCUUGCGGAAACAGAUUCAGCAGACGUUUAAGCAGUUUGCCAGCCUGAACGAUGAACAGAGCAUUCUCAAGUUCUUCGAGAUCCUUGCCCCAGUCUACAGAUUCGACAAGGAGUGCUUUAAAUGUGCUCUGGGGUCGAGCUGGGUUAUCUCAGUGGAGCUGGCUAUCGGUCCUGAGGAAGGCAUCAGCUACCUGACAGACAAAGGCUUAACACCGACACACUUGGCUAACUUCACGCAGGUGCAGAGCAUCCAAUACUCGUGCAUGGAGGAGCGUGAGAGGAAGGGCAUGCUGCAGCUGGACGUGGCCGGGGCUGCUGAGCCUCUUACCGUCACUACGCCGUCCUUCAACACCGCAGAGAACAUGGCCGACCUGAUCGACGGUUACUGUCGCCUGGUCAACGGCGUCACCCAGUCCUUCAUCGUCAGGCCGCAGAAAGAGGGAGAAAGAGCGCUUCCAUCUAUCCCAAAGCUUGGGAACAAUGAGAAGAAGUUAGAAGCUGUCCGAGCAGGAGUUCGAACCAUCUCUGUAUCAGACUCUGUGACUCCAACACCACCCAAAGCAUCUAAAGCUCGUCGCUUCCUCCUUCCUUUUGUCUUCUGCUCCCAUGAUUCUCCACCUAAGGAAGAUAUUAGUGGGGAUGAAACAGACGACUAUGCAGAGAUCAUAGACGAGGAGGACACAUACACAAUGCCUUCCACCGAGUGGUAUGGAGUAGACAAAGCCAGGGAUUAUGAGAUCCAGCGGGAGCGCAUCGAGCUGGGCCGCUGCAUUGGAGAAGGGCAGUUUGGAGACGUGCAUCAGGGGAUCUACGCCAGUCCAGAGAACCCUUCUCUGUCCGUGGCUAUUAAAACAUGCAAGAACUGCACCUCGGAUAGCGUGCGGGAGAAGUUCCUGCAAGAAGCCUUGACAAUGCGGCAGUUUGACCAUCCUCACAUCGUCAAGCUGAUCGGUGUAAUCACAGAGAACCCGGUCUGGAUCAUCAUGGAACUGUGCACCCUUGGCGAGUUGAGGUCGUUCUUACAAGUAAGGAAAUACAACCUGGAUCUGGCAUCACUGAUUUUGUAUGCCUACCAGUUGAGCACAGCUUUGGCUUACCUGGAGAGCAAGAGAUUCGUGCACAGGGACAUUGCUGCCAGGAAUGUGUUGGUGUCUUCCGCAGACUGUGUGAAACUUGGGGACUUUGGACUCUCCAGGUACAUGGAGGACAGUUCCUAUUACAAAGCCUCCAAAGGGAAACUGCCAAUCAAAUGGAUGGCACCAGAAUCCAUAAACUUCCGCCGCUUUACCUCAGCCAGUGAUGUGUGGAUGUUUGGUGUGUGCAUGUGGGAGAUACUGAUGUACGGAAUCAAGCCCUUCCAAGGUGUGAAGAACAAUGAUGUGAUUGGGCGAAUAGAGAACGGCGAGCGCCUGGCCAUGCCCCCAAACUGCCCCCCCACCCUUUACAGCCUAAUGACCAAGUGCUGGGCGUAUGACCCGGGCAAGAGGCCACGCUUCACCGAACUCAAGACCCAGCUCAGUACUAUUCUGGAGGAGGAGAAAGCUCAGCAGGAUGAGCGCAUGCGCAUGGAGAUGAGACGUCAAGUCACAGUGUCGUGGGACUCGGGUGGAUCAGAUGAUGCGCCUCCCAAACCAAGCCGACCAGGUUAUCCCAGUCCCCGUUCGAGUGAAGGUUUCUUCCCCAGUCCUCAACAUGCAGGCCAGCACAAUCAUUACCAGGGAUCGGGUUACCCUGGCUCUCAUGGCAUGCCGUCGAUGCCCAGUGGAGGAUACCCGGCCCAGGCGUCUGUUCUGGAGCCACACGAGACCUGGAACCACCACAGACAAGACGUACCUGUGUGGUCUCCUAAUAUGGAGGAGGGAGGAGCUCUGGACAUGCGGGCACUGGGUCAGGGGAUGCCGGCUCACCUGAUGGAGGAAAGGUUGAUGAUGCAGCAACAGCAGAUGGAGGAGGAUCAACGCUGGCUGGAGCAGGAGGAAAGCUUCCUGAAGCCGGAGUCCAGGAAUUCCAGGGGCAGUAUAGACCGGGAAGACGGUGCUCUCCAGGGGCUGACGGGAAACCAACAUGUAUACCAACCUAUAGGCAAAGCAGAUCCCGUAGCUCCACCUAAGAAGCCUCCUCGUCCUGGAGCUCAGAGCCACCUGAGCAGCACAGCCAGCAUAAGCCCGGUGGACAGCUAUAACGAGGGCGUCAAGCUCCAGCCUCAGGAGAUUAGUCCACCACCCACAGCCAAUCUCGACCGCUCCAACGAUAAGGUCUAUGAGAAUGUGACUGGACUGGUGAAGGCAGUGAUUGAGAUGUCCAGUAAGAUCCAACCUGCAUCCCCUGAAGAAUAUGUGCCCAUGGUGAAGGAGGUGGGACUGGCUCUGAGAACGCUGCUCGCGACUGUAGACGAGACCAUCCCUAUUUUACCAGCUAUCACACACAGAGAGAUCGAGAUGGCUCAGAAGCUGUUGAACUCGGACCUGGCUGAGCUGAUCAAUAAAAUGAAGCUGGCGCAGCAGUACAUGCUCACCAGCCUGCAGCAGGACUACAAGAAACAGAUGCUCACAGCUGCACACGCCCUCGCCGUCGACGCCAAGAACCUCCUGGACGUAAUCGACCAGGCCAGGCUGAAGAUGAUCGCUCAGUCACGGCCCCACUAGUCUUUUCCUCUGGAGCGGAGAGUUCAGGACAGAGAGACACUAUAAUAGCACAGGAGCGAGACGAGAGGGCACGAUGUCGACUGCUUGGACAGUAUGGUGAUGUCAUAUACUGAAUCACAGCACAGCACCAGUGGCUCUUCACUAGUGACGUCUCACUACAAGAAUAUGAAAUAAGCCUUUUCUAUAGAGACAUACACACACUAUGUUCAGUGGACUUGGAGAUACAAUGCUAAUCUAGUUUUUAUUGUACUGUUUGUGCUGGCUGUUUUUUUUCUUUUCUUUCUUUCUUUUUAAUUAAGUCCAGAGAUGAACUCGAGCAACUGACACUUUUAUCUGAGAAAACACCACAACUGGAAUCCACAUGGACAUCAGAGUUAAUGCAGAGUCUGGAACAACCUGAGCUGACCCAGAGGUGUACUGCAGACACUCCUACACUUCCUCUUGUGAACUGUUCUACAGCAGACCCUAUCAUUAUUCUGAUUUACAUUCACGCACACACACAUGCACACACCCCCGAGGGCUCACGUUGUUCUUUUUAUCCUCUGACUUCCACUCAGGGGACACCUUGAGACACGACAUAACACAUCAUGCUGUUUAACGUCAUCAUAUUCUGCACAAGAAUGCAUAUAUUUUUUAAAGAAUGGUCUAUGGAAUUAAGAUUUAAAAAAAUAAAAUAGUGUAUCUCUAAUACUGGGGUAUUAAUGGGUAGAAAAAUGUCAUCAGGGACUGUUAGAAACCAGUUCAGUUCAGUAAACACCUCUUACUCACAACAGACAGUAAAGCACAGUUUUAAUAGCUCAAAGGCCUUUUCUUACUCAUUGCUUCCUCAAAGCUGGUAAAUGUAGACAUUUACCACAAAUCUCUGUCUUUCCCCAGGCUGAUAAACUUGGUCAUGUCGCCCCUGUGUAUAGUACAAUCUAUAAAUGAAUCCACAUUGUCACAUAAAUUAUUCUCAGGAAAAAAAAAACUGACUGUACAGAACCUUUAACUAAUAAAAUGUGUUACUCUUGUA